AAUAGUGACGUACUGUUAUCCAAAUGUUCAUUGCGUGUGUGUCCGUGAGAGUGUGAGAGAGAGAGAGAAUGGGAGUUUCCGUUGUCUCAGUUCCAGCACUUCAUCAGAGCUUACUCUGCCAGCGUCCUUGCAUUGGCAGCAGUACAUGGUUACAUGGCUCAACAACUCCCAUUAGAUACCCAUCUAAACUCACCAUCAUCCCUCAUUGUUCUUCUUCUUCUUCUUCUUCUUCAACUUCUGUUGUAGAAGAAAGCCCUCCUCCUACGCCUGAUGCACUUCCUGUCCAGUCAGAAGCUGCCACUGAUGACACUGGCAAGCUCCCUCCGAGGGGUUGUCAAGCCUGUGGGAGAGAGGAAAUGGAGAAGGGAUGCAAUGGUGAAGGUAGGAUUCAAGGUGGGAUUGCAACAGUUCCAGGCUUUGGCUGGUGGCCAAUAAAGGCUUACAGGCCUUGCCCUGCAUUUCUAUCAUCUGGUGGUAGGUAUAGGCGACGAGGGCAAAGCAUGGAUGAGGUUGCCUCUGGUGGCAGCAACACUAGGCAAAGGUCCAAGGAAAUUUAAGAGGUAGCAUUGUAUGACAAAGAAUGAUUAAGACAAGGCAAGCCACUUGACAUGUGGGAGGAGGUCAUGGUCUUCAUCUGUGCUUAUUGCCAUUGGAGGGGUAAAGGAAGAAUGAGAAGAUAAAUUCUUAAAUCUCUUUUUUUUCUUUUUUUUUUUUCUUUUUAAUUGUUAUUACAUCCCAACAUAUCUAGUAUUUGAAUGAGAUUUGGUGGGUCGGAUCUGUGCUACAAAGCCUACAAUUCAACUAAUAUUCUGUAAUGAUUUUUGUGAAACGUGGACAUUUCAUUCCAAGCAAAUCAGUUCAGUAUAAAUAAGCAUAAUGGCAAGAAUCAGAUUCGAGA